UUUAGAUACGCUGACUUAUACAAUCAGACUAAUGACACUUGCAUCCAUACGGUCAGCCUAGAAUUCUUAUUGGUUCUUCUGCUUGGCUCUGCCUGUUAAGUCCAAAACUCCAAUCUCAGCCUCCGCUAUACGAAUCAUAUAUUUCAGACAUACUGGGUUUAUGUACAAAAAAAUCAGACCACAUCACACUAUAAAAUGAAAAAUACCAAUUUGUACAGGAUCAAGCUAAAAGUGGUUGUGAUUGUGAGAAACUGUUACCAAUAGAUUGAGAAUAGUAAAUCAUAUAACUGUAAUCAAUAGGUCAAAUAAAAGCUUAUAAUAAAAGGAAUAUGAAUACACAUAAGUUAGUUACUUAAUAGCCAUACAAUAAGAAUAUUCGUAUAAUAUUAGUGCAUAAGUAAUUCCUAACAGUUACCAUUCAUUUAUUCUCGUCUGGAUAUAAUAAUUUAGUGUAGUGCCUCUUUUAGUUAUAGAAAAUAAACAUUCAUGCUAGACACUAACCAAAAAUGUUAUUAUUAAUAUAUGAUUGGUUAAUUUCAUCAUUAUGUCAUAAUACACGAUCGAUAAGUGCUGAUCUGUCUUUGUUCCUCUCAUUUCUCCAUCCUGUGAAAUCAAUUAUGAUAAAUUUUGUGGAAAUUUUUACUAUAAGUGUUUUGUAGUCACGAAUUGUCUUUUUUGUUUACUGGAAUUUCAGUGAUUUUAGUGAUAUUCUUUAUCUGUUUGUAGUGAAAAUCCUCAAACUACAUAAUAUUUAUUUAAUUUCUUAUAAAAGAAAGUCUUAUAUGGAUGCACAUAACUUUUUACAGUGACAAUGCCAUGACUUCCAUUUUAUGCAUAGUCUGUACGGUUUUACUAUUUGGAAUAAGUGAUAAAAAAACAUGGAUACUAGUCAAUGUAUUAUGGAAGGCCAGAGAACACCACAGAUCUGAUUCGUCCCAACAUGGGACUCUCCAGCAAUGGACACUCAUAACUUCGAGGCCCAAACCUAAGACCCUCAGGUCUCUCCGGGGGCGCGUUGCCUUUAGACUAUUGAGUUAGUCUCCUAUGGUUCACAUUUCCAACUUGCAUAAGUUCACUACAUACCGAGACAGCCUUCAGUAUCCAUUGUUCGGUAACUGCCUCGGUAUGGGGAUGGUCGAACUUAAUAAGCCACGUCCUUUCACUGGGAUGUCAGACGUUUAACUCGAAACGAUUGUCUAGCGACUCCUUAUCUUAGUGUUUCCAUAGCUGAUAUCAAUCGGCGACAUAAAAUUAACUUCAGUUCAAAAUAAUCUGUACAGAUCUAUUACCUCGCGCGCGAAUUCCUGAUCUCUAGACCACUGAACCGAGAUCCACUUGUGUUAAUAUCCAACUCCUAUCAAUUCGUGGUAUUGUGCAACUAUCUUUUGUUACCUGCCAUGGGUAACUGUCUCACAUCUGACAUAUUAGGACGGAACAGCUAUCCAGUGCUUCUAGGUCUUCAAUGGCAGUCUAACUAAGAUUCAUGACUUGUAAAAACUAUGAAAAUUUAAGUUUUGUUGACUCAAUAGAAGCAUUAGCAGAUUACCAAUUUCAAUUCAUCAUGUUGGCAAAAGCAAAUUGGAUUCAUAAGAGUUGACUGGUUUUUGCCAACCUACUUCGACGGAGAAUGUUGUGCGAUUUAAGAGUAGGUUGGACGAAAGCUAGGGGCGGCCAAAUCAAAACAUAGCAUCAAUCCAUGGAGUUACUAACAAUUGGACUUAGCCGUGUCAACAGAUGUUGACUAUUUGGUUGGAGUCCGAGUGAUCAUCGCAGCCAAUUGUUAGACACUUUGAAUGACCUGGCUCGAAAUCGUUUGGAAUGGCGCAGUUGCAUCCAUUGUUUGUCUUCCCCAAAACUUUGGGAUUCUAUAUUCUUUAUAAUUUUUUUUCGUUUUUAUUUCAGUAAAUUAUAUUCAAUUUUCGAGUUAGAGCUUCGAUGUCUAAUCUUUCCUAUUACCACUGAAACUGUUACUACCUCUACUAUUGUGGUAUUUGGCCUAAUAAUUUCAUCUGUUUGUGCUAAUGGGGUAUGAGAACUUGAAGUGAUGUACAGACGUGCCAGGUAUACAUGGACUCUAGGAUCCUCAAGGAACAUAUGUAGUACAAACCAAUCGUUGGUCACCGGCUACCAUGGGACCACAUCUCCCCAUGUUGCUCCACUGCCUUGUGGAUUAUACUUAUAGGUCAUGUUUCCAUGGAACUUCAACUGAUGUACAGAUGCGCCACGUUCGUCAUUGUGACUGACUUAUUUCAAGCGAAAGUUAAUGCUUUUUAAGCUCCGAAUUUCAUUUUUUAAAUUUCUAAUGAAAUAGAGUCCUUGGGAACUAUAUCAAAAACUCCUAAUUGUUUGUUGGGGUAAACCACAACAAAUUCAGUCAAAACCAACAUCAUUUCCGAUUGCUGCUUAUGCAUUACAUGAUCAUCUGCGUGUCGGUUAUAGACCAUCUCCAAAUGAAAUUUCGAAAAGUUUAAAAUUGAAAGGUGUUAUUCUAGAAAAAUCUGUUCACCAUACAAUUCUUUCCGAGGGUUCUGAGGAUUCCAGUCUUGUCAAACUUGAAACAAACAGUCUGUAUCGUGGUUUACCUGAAGUCUACUUAUUAUAUGAAGGUUGCACUGUUGUCGGAGAAACAUUUCAAGCUUCACGUCUUGUGAACACUGGGAUAUCACCUAUUGUCUUACCGCCUAAUAAAAUUCGCUUAAACUAUUCUAUACCACUGAAACAACGUCGAAUUCUUGGUCAAUCCAAUAUUAAUUUCGAAGAUAUACCAGUUCAUAUUCAUCGUUCCCAUUUAUAUCUACCUAUACCAUUUUAUAUGAAUGCCUCAAAUUUAUGUAUAAAAUCAUAUGUUAAAAAGCCUUCACAUCUUUUUAAAAUCAAAUCUGAAAGCUUUUCUUUAAAAUCUUGUAAUAUAUCAUCAAAACCUAGUCCCUUAUCAUUAUCUUGUGUUAAGCGGGAAGUCGUCAGUGAUACAAUACCGACAACAAAGACAACAACCAGUAAUAAUAAUAAUAAUCGUACAAUUAAUUAUUACUUCCUAACAUGUCAUUCAUAUGAAUUGCCUGAUUAUUUUUCUAAUACUUUAGCUCGUCUUGGAAUUGAAUUUGAUUACGCUAAUUGUAUCAGUAAUUUAUUAGAAAUUAUGUAUGGUAUAUUAUUAGAAGCUGCUAAACAUUAUAUUAUAGACAAUUAUGGUGAAAAUACAUGGAUAUGGUUAUGUAAAAAAUCUACUGGUAAAGAAUUUGAUAUUGACACUAAAAAAAUAUACCGUGACAACUUGAUGACAAGAAUUGCCACAAUAUUAGGUGAUAAAAUAUUCACAGAUAAAGAUACAAUUCUUUUUGGGAUUGGACGUUAUACCAUACAAUAUUUAAUUAGAAAUGGUUUUGAAAAACUACUUCGUGCAUCUGGUAAAACAUUCAAAGAUUUAUUAUUAAAUUUAAAUGAUCAUCAUAAAUAUUUACGUUAUAGUUAUCAUCGUAUUAAACCACCGACAUUUGUUAUCUUAUCUAGUACAUCAAGUUGUAUAAUGUUAGAAUAUACAACAACACGACCUGGUUAUAAUCAUUAUACAAAAGGACUAUUAUUUGAAGUAGCUAAAUACAUUUAUCAACUACAUUUAAUUAUUAAAAUCAAUUCAGAAUCAAAUGAAGGUUCAUUAUAUCGAACUGUAUUUACAUUAGAAUUAUUUAUUGGUGAAAGUUUUAAAGAAUAUGAGAUUUGUAUGGUAAAGACUGGAUUAGAUACAAUGAAUAUGUUACCGAAAAUUUCCAAUAAAAAUUUUUUUGGAUUAUUACCAUUCCAUUUGUUAAUCGAUAAAAAUCUAAUGAUACAUAGUGCUGGACAACGAUUAUUAGAAUUUCAGCCAACUUUAAUCAAUACUAAGUUUCAAGAAUUUUUCGUCAUCAUGUUACCAAUUGUGAAACCAUUAUUUGAACGGAUUAUGAUGUUUUCUUCUUCCACGUUUAAAAUUGGGCUAAAGAUUAAUAGAAAAUCGAAUGAGAGUCAAAAAUCAAUGUUAUAUAUUAAGGGUCAAAUGAUUUAUGUAAAAGAAUGGUCAAUGUUACUUUUUAUAGGGAAACCAAAUUUUUCAGAAAUUAAAUCUUUUAUCGACUUUGGACUACAUUUACAAGACAUUAACUUAUAUGAUAUUAAAGUUGAGAAAAUGAUCUUAGGUGAUACAGUAUCUAAAAAUCUUUUAUUUUUAUUAGAAAAACAAAAAAGAAAAAGUACGGAGUUAUCAAAAAUAGCCAGAAAACUCGAUGAACAACGAAGAAAAACCUAUCAACUGCUGGAACAAUGCUUACCUAAAGAAGUUGCACAACAAAUAAGUCAAGGAAAACAUCCUUCAGAAACAAUGAAGGCAUACAAUUCAGUGACAAUAUGCUUCACUAAAGUGGUUAAUUUUUCUAAUUAUUCUAGUCGAAUGUGUCCACAUAAAAUUGUCGAUAUAUUAAAUCAAAUGUACACACUUUAUGAUUCAAUGACUGAAUCACAUAAUGUUUAUAAGAUUGAAACAAUUAGUGAUAGUUAUAUGCUAGUAUCCGGUGCUCCAAGUCCAUCAUCCUUUCAUUCAGCCCAUAUAAUUGAAAUGGCAUUAGAUAUUCUGGAAGUUACAAAACGACAUCUAUUUUGGCCUAGUGAAGCUUUUUUGGAUAAUUCGACAGGAACUCAAGAUGAACAAAAUAUACCACUACAACUAUACAUUGGUUGUCAUACUGGUUCGAUCGUUGCUGGAAUUGUUGGAUUUAAAUCACCAAGAUAUUGUUUGUUUGGUGAUACAGUAAAUACUGCAAAUAGAAUGAUGAGUACUGGACUCCCAGAUACAGUUCAUAUUAGUUCGGACUUGGCGAAGAACCUUUUUGGAUAUCCUUAUAUUCUGGAAUAUCGAGGUGAACAAACAAUCAAAGGUAAAGGAAAAAUGACCACUUAUUUCGUUAAAAACCGUAAAGAAAACUUUACCAUGACUGAUACAACAACUGGAGAAGAGUUAAACUUCCGAAAAUUAUUAAAAGAAGAUAUUGACAGUCAUUGCAGACAAAUAGAUGAACUAAACUCUUUUAAUUCAGAAGUUUAUGGUUAUGAUAAUGGAGAUGAAUCGAGUUCGACUACGCCUUCUGAGGAUGAAACAGAUAUAGAAGAAAUUCAAAAUAUUGAUAAAAAUGAAGAAAUACUUGACACUAUACUUAUUCAAAAUAAUAUCACCACUCAAUUUUGUUUCAGCAAUAAUCAAAAUGAACGUGAAUCACAGUCGGAAGAAAUGGAUUAUUUGCAAUCCAAAGAAAAUUUAACAAAAUCCAAGUCAGUAGAACAAAACAAUUUGAAAUAUACAAACAAACUAAUGAAUGAAGAUGAACAUGUAGAUUUAAUGAAGUCUUUUAAAUCGUCUAAAUCGGUAAUAUUUGAAGAUAUUGUAAACCCAUUAACAUUAGGAUUAACAGAAAUCGGUAUUGUUCAACCUGAAAAUCCACUUCAAUAUCUAGGCAACUGGUUGUGCAAAUUUUCACAAAAGUCUAUGAGUGAAGACUCAUGA